AUGCGUAGGGAGAAAGUUCAUGGAGUUUAUACAAAUCAAACUGUGAAGCAUUGUGGAACUUGCUGCAGAGAAGGAGGAUUUUCUGAUGAAAAACCAUACUGAAGCGGUUUUGGAAAAGUAACAAAUGGGGUUCCCGAAAUCACUUACUCUAUAAAGCUGCAUAAAAACAUAACCACUUCAAAGAAGUAUAAUCGUCGAAGAUGAUCACCAGUGGAGAUCAUUCCAAAAGAAAAAAAAAUAAAAAAGAUUUUUAGAGAAGAUUCAACCAGGUAUAAGUUCGAGCAUAACUUAUACGUCCUUGAAGCGCUUAAAUUAUAA